AUGUCCUACUAUGAUAUUGAUGCUAUCCUAACAGAUGCACAGAAACUGCCCUGCACAUUUGAGCUCGACGUGCCGGGUCUUGGCAUUCUAGAAGGCAAUCCGGGAGAGAAUAUCAAAGCUGGGACUCGCAUUGACCUGCCACUUUGGUUGGGGGAGAUGCUGUCCAUCGGUGCACGGCUCGGUACCUCGCGACUGGUGACGCUGGAUCUCCCAUAUGCAUUGUCGGAUCGUGUCCUGAACGCAUUGAAGGCUGAUCCCCGGACGGUGGACUUGCGCUCGCUGGCGCCCCAUUUCUACAGUCUGAGCGAACGGGUACUGGAACUGUUUGAGGAAGAGGAGAUGGUGGAUGUUCUGAGUAAUACAUUCAAGAAGCGUGCAGCGCAGAUCGCCGACCAUGCGCACAAUCCGCAGGGCGCGUUGGGCCAAGGGGCGGAUUUUCUGCGUGGUCUGGACGAGACGGAACGACAAUUGUUCCGAGCUACGCAUGACAGUGCCAAGGAGACCCGGGUCUGGGCCGGGGAGUCGAAGAAGAAAUGA